CGGCAUACCUGGCUUCCGCACGCGUGUGCCCAGUCACGGCCUGUACCUUUAAGAACUUCCACCCUUCGCGGGGUCUUGACCUCAGCAUCCUCAGCUGAGUUGGAUUAAGGGACCAUUUCAUGCCUUUGCACAUUCCUCCACACUUCCAUCCCCUCCCCGGGGGGCUGAGCAGCCAGUGGCCCCAACCAGUCUGCCAAACGCUGCUCAAGGAUUGGUCUAGCCUGGCAGUGCUUUCCUCUUAGGAAGUAGAAGGCUUCCCCUUUGAGAGGGGGGCUUGUGGCCAGGGAGUGAGCCCUCGGGGGUCCCAGGGAGGGGCUGCUGUCAGGGAGAGUCCAGAGAGCCAUGCAGGUCUUUGGGCCAUGAAGAGCCACUCAGAUGCCAUCCUCUACACGGAGGUCACAGAACUGAGCAAGAAUGAAUUCUGCAACCCUGCCUUUGAACCAGAAGCCGGGCCACCUUGCCUCGCUCCAGCCUUCCAGCAGGACGAUAGGCCCAGCACCCAAGUUCCCUGGCGUGACCGGUGUCCCCGAGGGCCGAGACCCGACUGUCACUUCUCCUGGCUCUGCAUCCUCCUGCUCAGCAGCCUGCUGCUCCUGCUGCUCGGGCUGCUGGUGGCUGUCAUCCUAGCUCAGUUGCAGGCUGCGCCUCUACCGAGGACUACCGGGAGUCCACUACCCACCCUGGGCCUCCCCACCGUCGACACCGUCUCCACCACCACCACCGCCGCCACCCCUUCCCCAGCGACAGGGCGGCAGGCGGCGGACACAAGCCCUGCGCACCAUGCCACCUGCGGAGGCCUCCUUCCCGGCCCGAGCGGCUUCUUCAGCAGUCCCAACUACCCGGACCCUUACCCACCCAAUGCCCACUGCGUGUGGCAGAUCCAAGUGGCCAAAGACCACGCCACCCAGCUCAAGAUAGAGGCCCUCGGCAUAGAGGGCGUGGCCUCCUGUCUCUUUGAUCGCUUGGAAAUCUUCACAGAGCCUGAAGGGCCCCUCCUCAGGGUGUGUGGGAGAGUGCCCCCCCCAACCUUCAACACCAAUGCCAGCCGCCUCCGCGUGACCUUCGUCUCCGACAGCAGUGUGGAAGGAUCCGGCUUCCAGGCCUGGUACCAGGCUGUGGCCCCCGGACAUGGGAGCUGUGCCCAGGAUGAGUUCCAUUGCGACCAGCUCAUCUGCCUGCUACCAGACUCGGUAUGCGAUGGUUUUGCCAACUGUGCUGACGGCAGCGAUGAGACGAACUGCAGUGCCAAGAUCUCGGGGUGUGGGGGGAACCUGACCGGGCUCCAAGGCACUUUCUCUACCCCCAGCUCUCCGCAGGAGCACCCUCCCCAACGGCUCUGCACCUGGCGUGUCUCGGUGCCAGUGGGACACGGCAUAGAACUCCAGUUCCACAACUUCAGCCUAGAAGCGCAGGAGGAGUGCAAGCUGGAUUACGUGGAGGUGUAUGAAGGGCGCGACCCAGGACCACCCAGCCUCCUGGGCAGGUUCUGCGGGGCCGAGCCGCCCCCGCUCCUCAUCUCCCCGCGCCGGGAGCUGGCUGUGCUCUUCAGGGCGGCUCAGGGCUCCAGCGGCCGGGGCUUCUCCGCCACCUACCGGGCCUUCAAUGCCACCAAGCACCCCUGUGGGCCGAGCGAGCUCUGCCCGGAUGGAGGCUGCGGAGCCCUGCGGCUCGCGUGUGACCUGUGGAGAGACUGCACCGGAGACAGGGCCACCAACUGCAGCAGCCCCCCGCUCCCGCCCCCGGAGCUGGCCUGCGAGCCCGUCCAGGUGGAGAUGUGCCUGGGCCUCAGCUACAACACCACGGCCUUCCCCAACAUCUGGGUGGGCAUGGCCACCCAGGAGGACGUGGCAGAGGUGCUCAGAGGCUACAAGAGCCUGACGAGUCUUCCUUGCUACCAGAACUUUCGGCGGCUCCUCUGCGGGCUGCUUGUCCCUCACUGCACACCGCUCGGCAGCAUCCUUCCUCCGUGCCGCUCCGUCUGCCAGGAGGCGGAGCGCCAGUGCCAGUCCGGCCUGGCGCUCCUGGGCACCCCCUGGCCCUUCAACUGUAACAGGCUGCCAGCAGCAGCUGGCCUUGAAGCGUGUGCCCAGCCCUGACGCCAGCCCGGC